AUGCAUUCCCAAUCUCCCCCGUCUCAUCCCAAUGGUGACUCGUCCAACCGGGUAACAGCAUCGUCAGCCAAACGAAGCGCCCUUGGCGACGGCCAGCGCCCAUGGAAGCGACGCUCCUCCAAGGCCUGCCUAUCAUGCCGAAACCGCAAAGUCCGAUGCGACGUCACCGAUGGGGGCAUUCCAUGUACGAAUUGCCGCCUUGACAGCAUCAAUUGUGUCCUCAAAGAGUCCAAUCGGGGUCGGAGACCUGCUGCUGCCUCUUGUCAACGUCGCCGCAACUUCAAUCCGCCCGCUGCUACAGACCGCUCCUCCGGCUCACCUCGACCGACAUUUGCUACUUCGCGUUCAGCUGUGGCGGUUACUGAGUCCCUUGAGCCAGAAGAGUUUUCCGAGCCCGACGAACAUGAUGAUCCCGAAGCUGAGCCAGCGAAUGAGCAAGUGAAUGAGGAUAUCCGGCCUCAUCCCCAACAAGUCAAUCCCGCCCAAAUUUCUGAGCUGGACCAGCAACAGCAGCAAACCGAUGGAGAGCUCAUGGAUGAAAUCCACGUUCAGAUACAAGCCGACCAGCCGUUAAACAGCCGACCCCCAGCGCCUAUGGAAUCUGUCAACCUCGACGCUCCCUUCGAAUAUGUAGACGAAAUUGGAACGUCUAGCGGACCUCUUCCGCCGAUCCAGCCGGAUAGAGUCACAACAUCUUUACCAGCCUUUAUCCGACCCCCUCCUCAGCACCUAGAUAGUAGAGAUAUGUACUAUUUAUCACAUAAACUGUGUUUGUCGAUUCCAGAUCCAGAAUUCAGGGAUGAACUCCUACGUGUUUACGCCACAGUGGUUCAUUCCUUCUUACCCAUUUUCGACAUCGAAGAAUAUGCUGGCUCCAUCCUUCACAACAACGGCCGUAACCCCAUCAGCCUUCUGCUAUUCCAAGCAGUUAAUUUUGUCAGUGUCACUUUCGUGGAUAUCAAAAUGUUAAAUUCGAGAGGUUAUGCUUCGCGGAUAGCUGCUAGAAGAGACUUUUACGACCGCGUGAGGAUUCUCUACAGUUUGAACUAUGAGUCAGAUCGGAUGACCCUGAUUCAGUCCCUUCUGCUGUUGAGCCAUUGGUAUGACGGACCAGACGACGACAAGGAUACGUGGCACUGGAUGGGUAUCGCCUUGACAAACGCCCAGGUCGGGGGGCUCCAUAGAGAUCCUGAGCAUCUGAAGAUAUCGCAGGAGGAGAAGAAGCUUCGUCGCAGGUUAUGGUGGUGCUGUUUGAUGAGGGAUCGCUUACUGGCCCUCGGAAUACGGAACCCGCCACGUCUAAGAGACGAUGAGUACAAUGUCAAGCCGCUCACCUUGGACGACUUUGACUUGAGCUCGCCGUCUACAAACCUGGAUGCGCUCUUCCACCGGUCAAAGUCCCCAUACCCGAACUCGGAAAAGCGACAAAGUCUUGCUUCGAUGUGCAUCGAGCUAAGUAAUUUAUGUGUUUACAUUGGCCGCACUCUCAACACCCUGUACACAGUCAUGGGUAAUUACCUCGGAGGUGUUGAGUACAGUCAGCAAUCGACAACUUGGCCUCAUAGAUCCGAAGAGCAGGCUAAGUCACUUGCUGAACGCAGCACCGAGCUCAAGACUUGGUUAGAGAAUCAGAACAUCCACUCUCGAUACACAGCCAAGUCUGCAUCUCAGCCAUCUGAGACUAAUACCGCCAAUGGCUUACAAGUUGAUGAGAUACUGCGGCUUCACCAAGCCCAGCUUCGCUUGAUUUACCUGACCGCACUGGGUGCUCUCCACCGGCCCCAGGUCUUCUGUUACGGCCCCAACAGUAACGGCAGUGCUGUAUCUAGAGGAAAUGUGACCGACACGGCAGUCGAGAUGACCAAAUUGGCCUUCAAUCUACAGCGAGAUAACCAACUACGCUUCCUACCGACCCUUUCAGUUCCAGCCUAUCUUGCUGUCACCCUCGUGCAUCUUUUUAACACCUGCUCCGACGAAGAAGAGGCGCGGAGUCUCAGUCUCGGACGCCUCUACCAGUGCGUAAGCGUCCUUCAACAGUUGCAAGAAAUGUACACGUCUGCAGACUAUGCGAUGCAGUUUCUCAACUCGAUACUAAAGAAUACCGGUCUUCACGUCCCUUGGACUUUACCGACUGGCGGUAGUAGAUUUGGAGAACGUGACAGCACGGCUUGUAAGCCUCGGCUCGAUAUGGGGCCUAGCGCCGUCGCGGCAAGCUGUAUGUAUCCAAGUCCGAGUACCUCGGGUAACUGGAACCAAGACUCUGCGUCGGAUGAGCUAGCCGCAGGUGAUGAUAGCACCCAAGCGGCUGCUGUGGUCCAAGAGCCACGAGCGCCGUUCGCCUUUCCAAAUCUGGUGAUGGAAAGCUGGAAUGCUACCGACAUGAGCGACCUUUUGGCCGGGUCGCCGUUUCCAGGAUCUUGGUGUGACGUUGAGACACUACUACCGACUCUGCUCAACACUGAAGUAGAUGCAGAGGGUUUAAUGACUGCGCACUUGUCUGCUUCAAUGUAA